AUGACGUCGACUCCUGAGAAGAUUUCCGACGUGCUGGACGAGCACAGCUCAGCAGAGCGAGGAACCGGGGCCGUGGACAGCUACAGCAGCAACAGAGAUGCCGAGCGUCGCCUGCGCACUAAGAUUGACUGGGCCAUCGUGCCCAUCGUAUCGUUCCUGUACCUGUUUUGCUUCAUCGACAGAGCCAAUAUUGGCAACGCUCGAUUGGCUGGCCUUGAGCAGGACCUGGGCAUGACAGGAUACGACUACAACACGCUGCUGUCCAUCUUCUACAUUUCGUACAUUCUCUUCGAAAUCCCGUCCACUAUCGCGUGCAAAUGGAUUGGGCCUGGACGGUUCAUUCCAUUCCUCACUCUCGCCUUUGGCGUUGUCUCGGUUGGCACGGCGUUUGUGCACACUUUGAGCGAGGCGUGCGGUGUGCGCUUUGUCCUGGGCAUCUUCGAGGCCGGCAUGAUGCCCUGCAUAUCGUAUUACCUCUCCCGAUGGUACCGCCGUGGCGAGCUUGCGUUCCGGCUGUCGCUCUUCAUCGUCAUGGCGCCCCUGGCCGGUGCCUUUGGAGGACUGCUGGCCUCGGGCAUCUUGAGCCUGGACCACUUUGGAACUCUCCGGUCCUGGCGCAUGAUCUUUGCCAUUGAGGGCAUCAUCACGAUCGGGCUCGCCAUCAUCGCCUUCUUCACCCUGACCGAUCGGCCAGAGACUGCAAGAUGGCUGAACGAGGAAGAGAAGGCCUUGGCGGUUUCUCGCGUCCAGUCCGAGCGUGUAGCACAGUCCAAGGUGCUUGACAAAAUGGGCAAGCAAAAGCUGUGGCUGGGUUUCUGGAACCCGAUGAUCCUUGCGACCGCGUUUACGUUCCUUCUCAACAACAUCACCGUCCAGGGCCUGGCCUUCUUCACCCCGACGAUCGUUGGCACAAUCUACCCGACCUUCAGCACAGUCCAGAAGCAGCUGUACACCGUGCCCCCGUUCGUGGUUGGCGCUUUCUUUGAGCUGCUGCUUCCUCUGAUGGCCUGGCGACUCGACAAACGACAGAUCUUCAUUGUUGCCUCGACGCCGAUGGUUAUGGCGGGAUACAUCAUGUUUCUGGCGACCAACAACCCGACGGCUCGCUACGCUGCCACGUUUCUGACGGCCAGCAGCUGUUUCGCGGUCGGGACGCUGACAAACGCACAGGCGGCGGCCAUGGUGUCUAGCGACACGUCUCGCAGCAUGAGUCUGGCCAUCAACAUGAUGGGCGGCAACAUUGGAGGCCUGAUUGCCACGUGGACCUAUCUUCCCUGGGACAAGCCCGACUUCAAGAUUGGUAAUGGCAUCAACCUGGGGGCCAGCGGCUUGAUUCUGCUAGUCAGCACAGCCGCGCUGCUGUGGAUGCACCGUGACAACAAGAAGCGGGACGGGCGGGAUGCCGAGGAGCAGCUUCGCGGACUGUCGGAGGCCGAGAUUGAGAGUCUUGAGUGGAAGCAUCCCAAUUGGAGAUGGUAUCCCUGA